AUGGAGGAAAGAGGAAGAAAGAAAGAAGAAAAAAGGAACGAAAAAAGGAAAGGAACGAAAGGAGGAAAGAAAGAAGAAAAGGAAAGAGGAGGAGAAAGAGGGGAAAGGAAUGGACAAAAGAAAGGAGGAAAGAAAGAAGGAAAGCAAGGAGGAAAGAGGAGGAAAAAAAGGAAGAAAGAAAGAAAACAAAGAGGAGAGAAAGAAGGAAAGAAAGGAGGAAAGAGGAGGAAAGAAAGAAAGGAAAGAAGAAACCAAAGGAACGAAAUAAGGAAAGAAAGAAGAAAAGGAAAGAGAGGAGUAAAGAAAUGA